AUGUGCGAGCAUCAGUGAAUUCACAAUCGCUAUGCUGACCUGUGAGGGGGGGGCAUACUUGCACUAUGAUUUUUUUUGACUCAGCUCUGGUCGUCAUUGUGUGUGGUUAGAUACAUCGAUGGUGGGCGAUGACCGCGUCCAGAUACAUUUGGGAAGUGCACUCAGUGACUAAGCUCUGGCCGUCAUUGUGGUUAAAUACAUCGACGGUGGGCCAUAACUGCGGCCAGAUACAUCCAGGAAGUGUGCUCACUGAGGAGUCUGGAAAUGGCUGCGAUCAAUUCGGGAAUUCGUUCAGCCAGUCGUUUUGAAGCACUUAAGGGCAUACUCGCCGUGGUCCCUUUCGGAACUGAAUUUGUAUGCAAUUGCGGCCAGAUGCAUUCGGAAAAGUCCUCAUGAAAUCUGGCAUAAGAUACAGAGAAUCUGGCUUCUUGGAAAACGAUUCGAAUCUGGGUCCAAUUGCGGCCAGAUGCAUUCAGAAAAGUCCUAGCGGUUUAACUUGUGCAUGCGGAAUUGCUGCACAGCUGGUUCAUUUGCUGCUGUCGAAUAGCCAUUGAUGUAUAGCCAGUGUAUAGCUGGUGUAUAGCUAGCUGGUUAGCUUCUAUACAGCCAGUAUAUAGCUCAUAUAUAGCCGUUAUGAAGUUCAUCUAUAGCCGGUGUAUAGCCAGUGCAUAGCUGGUAUGUAACCAGUGUAUGGCUGGUGUAUCGCUGGUCUAUAGUCGAUAUGUAACCGGUUUACAGUGGGUCUAUAGCUGCUAUAUAGCCUGUCUAUAGCAGAGAUAUCGCCCGUGUAUAACUGUUGUAUAGCCGGUCUAUCGCCAGUGUAUAGGCAGUGUUUAGUCGGCUAUAGCCGUUGUAUAGCUGGUCUAUAGCCAGAAUAUGGCUGGUACAUAGCUGGAUUUUAAUGGCACUGGCUAUCUUGUCACUGGCAUGAUUAUCUGAGCCGAGUCACCUCGUCUUUCGGCAGAGUCAGCCUAUAGCAUGUGUUCUUUCAGUCCGCAAGGAGGGUACAGCUGUGAUCAUACCAGAAUUGUGUUGGCCUUUCAACGAGGGCAAGGGCCGCUUCAAGGAUCGUACCAGAUCGGUUGAGAUUGGCUUUAGGGAAGACUCUGCCGCCAUUCAGUGCAUAGAUGGAUGCUAUACUCUUUUGCUAUUGAUGGAUGCUCAUGGCCGUGGAUUACUAUCGAGUGUUAAAGAUGGCUAUUGACCGGAGGGGGAUGUAGAGAUAUCUGAAGCCAAUGAAGGCAUUGAUGGCAUUUAUGCUGUUUCAGUAUCGAUCACUUAUGAUGGCGAUUGGUGGCGAUUGACGGUGAUUGACGGUGAUUGACGAGGAUUGACGAGGAUUGAGGGCAAUCCAGGGCAGCUGAUGGCUAUUAAUGGCUAUUAAUGGUUAUCGAUGGCUAGUGAUGGCUAUUGACGGCGAUUGACAGAUAUUGUUGACAUCUAUUAACAGCCAUUAACAGCUAUUGAUGGCUGUUGAUGACAGCUGAUCGGUGUUGAUGUCUAUUGAUGGCUAUUAAUGGCUAUGGAUGGCUAUUAUUCAUGUCUCUUGAUGACUAUUAUUGAUGGCUAUUGAGGGCUAGUCACAGCGAUUGACUGUUACUGACUGCUACUGACGGCUAUUGAGGGCGAUUGAUGGCUAUUAAUGACUGUUAAUGGCUAUUGAUGGCUAUUGAUGAUGGGGUUUGAUAGCUAUUGACAGCUAUUGACAGCUGUUCACAGCUAUCGAUGGCUAUUGAUGGUUAAGACUCGGGAAUUCUGCGGAGUUUGGAAACAUCGGAGCCUGUUACGUUCAGAGACCUCACAAGCGGAGGGAGACCAUCGAUACAAGGGAUUUCCAAAUUGCCACGGGUGCAUCGACUGCACCCACAUCUAUGUGGACAAACCCGCCAACGCGAACGGGGAGGACUACUGUGAUCGGAAGAGGCGAUUCUCUGUGCAGGCGCAGGUUGUCGUCGACAUGAAUUUGCGUGUGCUGGACGUCUUCGUCGGUUACCCUGGCAGCGUGCAUGACAUGAGGAUGUUACAUCUGUCCAGUUUGUGGGAGCGCGCGGAGUCUGGACAACUUUUCACUGGCCCGCAUGUCAUGCUGUCGUUUGGUGUCCGAACAAAUGGAUACUUGCUCGGCGACAACGGCUAUCCCCAGUCGGAAUGGAUUGUCGUCCCGUAUGGAGGUCUCGCGCAGCAUCCCACGGAGGCACGGUUCGACAACAACCAAAAGACGGCGAGGGGAGCGGUAGAGAGGGCGUUUGGAAGAUUGAAGGGCAUGUGGAGGUUAUUCCUGCGCACGCACAAGUGCAACAUGGACACGUUGCCGCAACAGUUCAUUGCGGUGUGCAUCCUCCACAACAUACUGAUCGACGCAGGCAUUCCCUUCGACGACAACCUGUUGUGGGAGGUUGAUCCGGAUGGCGUCCGACGCAGGGUGGAUCUGGGCAUGCAUGCGCCGCUGCGUCCUGUUUGCAUGGAGUUGUCGACCAGGGACGCGCUCAUUUUGCGGGAUGCGUUGGCGGAGAGGAUGGGUGCGCAGUGAGGAUGGGUGGUUGUGGGAGUGGAGAGUCGAAGACGGUCGUGAUGCGGCGAGAUAUCG